AUGAAAGUAUUUCUAAUAUUUCCUUCCCUUCUAGGAAAAUGAGGGUUAUCCUGGGCUUGUUGGUGGCAGCUGUUGCUGUCAAUGCCAGUAGCCAUUUCCUCUCUGACAAAUUUAUCAGACAGCUUCAGAGUGAGGAUUCUACAUGGGAGGCUGGGAGGAACUUCAACAAGCACCUCUCCAUAAAGUACUUCCGACGACUCAUGGGUGUCCAUCCUGAUUCCAAAUUCCACAUGCCCAAGUACGAAGCUCACCAGAUUCCUGAGAACUUUGAAAUGCCCAAAGAGUUUGACUCUCGAGCUGCCUGGCCGAUGUGUCCCACAAUUGGUGAAAUUCGUGACCAGGGUUCCUGUGGAUCUUGCUGGGCAUUUGGAGCUGUAGAGGUGAUGAGUGAUCGGCAGUGUAUCCACAGCAAGGGCAAGAGCAACUUCCACUAUUCUGCAGAAAAUCUUGUGUCUUGUUGCCACCUCUGUGGUUUUGGAUGUAACGGAGGUUUCCCAGGUGCAGCUUUCAAGUACUGGGUGCACAGUGGUAUUGUAUCAGGAGGCUCGUUUAAUUCCACUCUGGGAUGUCAGCCCUAUGAGAUUGCUCCUUGUGAACAUCACGUUUCAGGACCCCGACCCAAGUGCUCUGAGGGUGGUGGCACCCCAAAGUGUGCCAAGACAUGUGAGAAGGGCUACAUUGUGGACUACGAGAGUGAUCUGCAUCAUGGAGGCAAAGCAUACAGCAUCAUGAAAGAUGAAGACCAAAUCAAGUAUGAGAUCAUGAACAAUGGGCCUGUGGAAGGAGCUUUCACCGUUUAUGUGGACUUCCUUCACUACAAGUCUGGUGUGUACCAGCACCGCCAUGGCUUACCUUUGGGUGGACAUGCCAUCCGUGUCCUUGGGUGGGGCGAAGAGAAUGGCACUCCCUAUUGGCUGUGUGCCAAUUCAUGGAACACUGACUGGGGUGACAAUGGUCUGUUCAAAAUUCUGAGAGGUUCAGAUCACUGUGGCAUUGAGAGUGAAAUUUCAGCUGGGUUGCCUAAGGUGAAUUAGUAACAUGUAUCAUGGCAGUUCCUGUUACAAUGUCAAAAGUUAGAAAUUGAUAUUAAAAUA